AUGGCGGCUGCAGGAAGUGGAGGCCAGGGUGCCAGGGAUGUAUUGGAACAAUUUGGAGAAAUUGUACAGAAAAAAGUGCAUAAUGAAGUCGAUGCUUAUAGAGAAGAACUGAAGGGAAAAUUAUGGGAAGCAAAAUUUGUUGGUGUGUCACAUGUUCCUUCAGAUCCAUGCCAACUUAAUCAUGAAUAUCACACUAAUGUUACGACAGGAAAAGAUGACCCAUGUGAUAGAAGAUGGCCAGUCCGUUUUUCUGAUGAAAGUCGAAGUCAAUGUACUAAAAAUAGAAUAAAAGAUAGUACUAGCGAUACUGUAGGAGCCUGUGCUCCAUAUAGACGAUUGCAUGUAUGCGAUCAAAAUUUAGAACAAAUAAGGCCUGAACAAAUCACAAGUACUGAUAAUUUAUUGGCAGAUGUAUGUCUUGCAGCCAAACAUGAAGGAGAAUCAAUAAUUAAAAACUAUCCUCAAGACCGCAAUAACAAUGAAGUUAUUUGUACAGCAUUAGCACGAAGUUUUGCAGAUAUAGGAGAUAUUAUAAGAGGAAAGGAUCUGUAUCGUGGUGACAAAGGAGAAAAAAAAAAAUUAGAAGAAAAUUUGAAAAAUAUUUUCGCGAAUAUAUAUGAAGAAUUGAAGAAUGGGAAGACGAAUGGGAAGAAGGGGGAGAUAGAAACUCGCUACAAAAAAGAUGAUGAGGAUGGAAAUUUUUUUCAAUUACGAGAAGAUUGGUGGAAUGCUAAUAGAAAUGAUAUAUGGAAAGCAUUAACAUGUCAUGCGCCACCUGAUGCUCAAUAUACGAAAAAGGGACCACACAAUCAUAUAACAGAAUCUAAUAAGGGACAAUGUAGAUGCUUUAGUGGAGAUCCUCCUACUAAUAUGGACUAUGUGCCUCAAUAUUUAAGAUGGUUCGAGGAAUGGGCAGAAGAGUUUUGUCGAAAAAGAAAAAAAAAAUUACAAAAUGCUCAAAAAUUUUGUCGUGAUGAAUCAUCAAAAUUAUAUUGUAGUCUUAAUGGAUAUGAUUGUAAAGCAACGAUCAGAGCAAACGAUGAAUAUACUAUUAGCCAAGCAUGUGCUAAAUGUUUUUUUUCGUGCCAUCGUUUUGUAAAAUGGAUAGACAAUCAAAAAUUAGAAUUGGAAAAACAAAAAAAAAAAUAUGAUGAAGAAAUAAACGUAACUACUGAAACAUCAAAAAAAACUGAACAUGGAAGAAUUAAUAUUAUAUAUGCAAAAAAGUUUUAUGAUAUAUUAAAAGAACAAUAUGGAAAAGUAGAUAAUUUUUUAGAAUUGUUGAGUAACCAAAAAGAAUGUAAAAAUCACCCUGAAGUUAAAGGAAAAAAUUCUAUUGAUUUUAAAAAUGACAAUGAUACUUUUUCUCGUACAGAAAUUUGCGAACCUUGUCCAUGGUGCGGGGUCAAAAAACAGGAAGAUGGAAAUUGGAAAAGGUUAGAACGAGGUCAUCCACAUUGUCCAAAAAAACCUCCUUAUACACCUCCAGAUGGUGCAAAAUGUACUGAAAUUGAUGUACUUUAUACUGGUGAGAGAAAUAAUGAUAUCCUAGAUAAAUUAAAGGAAUUUUGUAGAAGUGAAGGUAAAAAUGAACGUAAAACUGAUUUUAAAAAUGAACAAUGGAAAUGCUACUAUAAGGAUUCAUAUAAUAACAAAUGUGUUUUACAACCUGAUAGAGAUCUUGGAAUUGAGAAAAAAGUAAAGAAUUAUGUAGAUUUCAUGAUGUUUUGGAUUAAUCAUAUGUUAAAGGAUUCUAUAGAUUGGAGAAAAUAUAUUAAGAGAUGUAUUAAUAAUAGUGCAUCAAAUGAAUGUAAAAAAAAUAUGUGUUUUAAAAAUUGUCAAUGUUUCGAGAAAUGGAUAAAUAAAAAACAAGAUGAAUGGAAUAAAAUAAAGAAGCAUUACAAUAACGAAAAGGGUUUCGGGGAAUUUGGUUCUUAUAAUACGCUUGAAUAUAUUUUGGAAGAAGAUUUUUUCAAAGGUAUUUCCGAAGCUUAUGGAAGUGUAGAUGCAAUAGAAAGAAUUAAGAAUAUAACAAAAAAUCAUGUUUCCACAGAAGAAAUAACGAAUGCAGAAAAUGAAGAGUUUGCAAUAGAUAUUUUAUUGAAACAUGAAUUAGAAGAAGCACAAGAAUGCAAAAAUAAUAAUCCGGAAGACCAAAAAUGUAACGAACCCCACGAUGAAGAAGAAUACGAAGAUGAACACGAAGAAGAAGUUUACGUCAAUAAUCCGUGUGCCAAACCUAGUGGAAACUAUCCUGCGCUUGCGCAUAACGUAGCAUACCAAAUGCAUGAAGUUGCAAAGACACAAUUGCGUACACGUGGUGGUAGAAAUGCUUUGAGGGCUAAUGCAGCUGAAGGUAAAUACAAAAACAAUAAUAAGGAAUUUACAUUCAAUGGCAACAUAUGUAGUAUAAAUGAAAACCAUUCCAAUUGUAAUCAUAAUUAUUCAAGUGGACCAUGUGGAGGUAAAGAUGGCAGAAAUGAGAUGUUUGAGGUAAAGGAUGGUUGGAAAAGUGGGGCAGACGUAAGUAAAGAACACGCAGAAGAUGUUUUCUUGCCUCCGAGAAGACAACAUUUUUGUACAUCAAAUUUAGAAAAUUUGAACACGAAUAGCAAAGGACUUAGUGACGGUACUCUUGCUAGCCACUCUCUAUUGGGGGAUGUACUUCUUUCUGCAAAUAAGGAAGCAGGAUUCAUAAAAGACAAGUAUAAGAACCAACCAACUUUAGGAGGCUUUAAGGACGAGGCGACUAUAUGUCGAGCGAUGAAAUAUAGUUUUGCAGAUAUAGGAGAUAUAAUUAAAGGAACCGAUUUGUGGGAUGGAAAUAAGGAAGAAACAGAUACCCAAAGAAAUUUGGUAACAAUAUUUGGUAAAAUUAAAGACAAAAUUCGUGAUGAAGCAACCAAAAAAAAAUAUAGCGACGCUCAAAAACAUUUACAAUUACGUAAGGAUUGGUGGGAAGCAAAUCGAGACCAAGUUUGGAAGGCGAUGCAGUGUGGCAACGACAACCCGUGUAGUGGUGUAAGUGGUGUCCCAUUGGAUGAUUACAUCCCACAAAGAUUGCGUUGGAUGACUGAAUGGGCCGAAUGGUUUUGCAAAAUGCAAUCACAGGAGUAUAACAAAUUGAUGGAGGCUUGUACUGGGUGUAUGAAGAAGGGUAAGGAUGGUGAAGGAUGUACGCAAAAGACUCAGGAAUGUGCACUGUGCAAAGCAGCAUGUGAUGCAUAUAAGAAGGAAAUAGAAAAAUGGCAACGUCAAUGGAAUAAUAUGCAAGUACCGUACAUAACGUUAUACGAACAAGCACGAACUGUUCGUGAUGGUACUGUUAUUGGUGAUGUAAGCGAUCAACAAGUUAUUGCUUUCUUCAAAGAAUUACACCAACAAAAUGGUGGCAAAAAAAGUGUCGAUACCGUGUAUUCUACUGCUGCAGGAUAUGUACACCAAGAAGCUAUAAUGAAUUGUGAGAAACAAACACAAUUUUGUAAAAACAAAAAUGGUGAGAACUCAAUUAGUGGUACACAAAACAACCAGAAAUAUGCUUUUAUGCAACCUCCAAAAGGAUAUGAAAAAGCAUGUUCUUGCGAGGACUAUUAUAAAGCGGCAGAUCCACAAGACGAUGCGUGCACAAUAGUUAAACAACUUUUGGGAAAUAAGGGCGCAGCAGAUGAUAUACAGGGAUGUAAAAAAAAAUAUGAUGGAAUAAACCCAUAUCCUUCAUGGAAAUGCGACAAAAGUUUAGUGGAUGAAGAUGGUGUGUGUAUGCCUCCAAGAAGACAAAAUUUAUGUGUUCAUUAUUUAACACAACUGGAUGACAAGGACGACGAAAAUAAAUUAAGAGAAGCAUUUAUCAAAUCUGCAGCAGCAGAAACAUUUGUGUUAUGGCAAAAUUAUAACAGUAAGAAUGAUAAUGACGCUCAACUAUUAGAUAGUGGGAUCAUCCCUCCCGAAUUUUUGCGAUCCAUGUUCUAUACGUUUGGAGAUUAUAGAGAUAUAUGUUUGGAUACAGACAUAUCUGCAAAAACUCCAGAUGGUGAUUUAGAGCAGGCAAAAGAAAAUAUAGGUAAAGUUUUCCAAAAAAUUGGCCCCAAAACUGCUAAUCACAAACCUCCUCGUGGUAUAACACGCGAAGACUGGUGGAAAGAAUAUGGUUCUCAAAUAUGGAAAGGGAUGUUAUGUGCUUUAAGUUAUGAUAACGAAACAAGAAUUAUGAAUGAACGUGUGCGCAAACAACUUAUGGACUCCAUCUACAACUACCACAUACUAAAAAAUCAUCUCGAGAAUUUUGCGGAAAGACACCCAUUUUUUCGUUGGUUUAUUGAAUGGACUGACGAGUUUUGUCAAGAACAGAAAAAGGAGUAUAACGAUUUGGUGCAGAAGUGUACUGGUUGUAAUGAACAAACAUGUGACAGCGAAUGUGAAACUUGUAAAUCACAAUGUGGACAAUAUGAAAAAUUUAUUACACAAUGGAAAAGCCAAUGGGAAAAACAAUCAGGUAAAUAUGACAAGUUAUAUGCAGAAGCUAAAGUUACUAGUACACCUACUACAGAUCCAAUUGAAACAAAACUUCUAAAACAUUUAAAGGAACUUAAAGACCACAGUACCAAUAGUGACAAAUAUUCUACUGCAGGAAGAUACAUGAAAGAAGAAGGAUAUAUUAAUGACUGUGAGUUAAGUAAACAAAAUAAAUUCGAAAAAAAUUGUAAUGAUGGUAGUAACGAUAAUUAUGCUUUUAGAACUUACCCAAAUGACCAUCAAACUAAGUGCGAUUGUAAAAAGAAGGAGGCACCUCCCCCUGAACCUCCAGCAAACGUAGUACCAAAAGUAAUACCAAAAUCCCGAACCCCACGUGAAGCAGGAUCUUCCCAUUUACAAAACGCCCUAUUAUCUUCUACCAUCAUGUGGAGUAUUGGCAUCGGUUUUGCUGCAUUCACUUAUUUUUUUCUAAAGAAAAAAACCAAAUCAUCUGUUGGAAAUUUAUUCCAAAUACUACAAAUACCCAAAAGUGAUUAUGAUAUACCGACAAAACUUUCACCCAAUAGAUAUAUACCUUAUACUAGUGGUAAAUACAGAGGCAAACGGUACAUUUACCUUGAAGGAGAUAGUGGAACUGAUAGUGGUUACACCGAUCAUUAUAGUGAUAUUACUUCAUCUUCCGAAAGUGAGUAUGAAGAAUUAGAUAUUAAUGAUAUAUAUGUACCUGGUAGUCCUAAAUAUAAAACAUUGAUAGAAGUGGUACUUGAACCUAGUGGUAACAACACAACAGCUAGUGGUAAAAACACACCUAGUGAUACACAAAAUGAUAUACAAAAUGAUGGUAUACCUAGUAGUAAAAUUACAGAUAAUGAGUGGAAUACAUUGAAAGAUGAUUUUAUAUCACAAUAUCUACAAAGUGAACAACCAAAGGAUGUACCAAAUGAUUAUAGUAGUGGUGAUAUUCCAUUCAAUACACAACCGAAUACUUUAUAUUUUGAUAAACCUGAAGAAAAACCUUUUAUUAUGUCUAUUCAUGAUAGGGAUUUAUAUAGUGGAGAAGAAUAUAAUUAUAAUGUUAAUAUGAGUACUAAUAGUAUGGAUGAUAUUCCAAUUAAUAGUCAUAAUAAUGUUUAUAGUGGUAUAGAUUUAAUUAAUGACACGUUAAGUGGUAACAAACAUAUUGAUAUAUAUGAUGAAGUGCUAAAAAGAAAAGAAAAUGAAUUAUUUGGGACAAAUCAUGUGAAACAAACAAGUAUACAUAGUGUUGCCAAACUAACAAAUAGUGACCCCAUCCACAACCAACUGGAACUAUUCCAUAAAUGGUUAGAUAGACAUAGAAAUAUGUGCGAAAAGUGGGAAAAUCAUCACGAACGAUUAGCCAAAUUGAAAGAAGAGUGGGAAAAUGAGACACAUAGUGGUAACACUCACCCUAGUGAUAGUAACAAAACGUUGAAUACUGACGUUUCGAUACAAAUACAUAUGGAUGAUCCUAAACCUAUAAAUCAAUUUACUAAUAUGGAUACUAUCUUGGAAGAUCUGGAAAAAUAUAAUGAACCUUAUUAUGAUGUACAAGAUGAUAUUUAUUAUGAUGUAAAUGAUCAUGAUACAUCAACUGCGGAUAGUAAUGCUAUGGAUGUUCCUAGUAAAGUACAAAUUGAAAUGGAUGUAAAUACGAAAUUGGUGAAAGAGAAAUAUCCUAUAGCAGAUGUAUGGGAUAUAUAA